AUGAUAAGAGAUGCCAAAACUGAGGAAGGACUGACAGAAGAAAAUUUUAAGGAGUUAAAACAAGAUAUUUCCAGCUUUCGUUUUGAAGUCCUGGGUUUGUUGAAAGGAAGCAAGCUGACUAAUUUGCAGACUGCAAAGAUGAACAAAGACACUUCCUCUCUGUCAGAAAAUGAAGAAAAUAGUGAGAGUGAAGAAAACAAGAAAGGAAAGAAAAAGAACUUCAGCCUUUUUGACAUAACAACCAUGAUUCACCCAAGAUCAGCCACUAUUGCCUCUGAAGCACAUAAUGUAAGCAAUGGCUCAGCAAUGAUGGUGUCAGAGUCCACUAAGGAGAAACAAAAGCGUGUGAAUUUUGUUACAGACAUAAAAAAUUUUGGGUUAUUUCACAGACGAUCAAAACCAAACUCUGUGGAGCAGAGUACAAAUAAAAUAUACACUGUUUCUGAAGAAGUUUCCCGUCAACAGGCAGAAGAACAAUGUGAGAAAACUGAUGAACUAGAAGAGGGAGAACUGACCAUGAACUGUGAAUUAAACAUCCAAAGCCCUGACAAAAAAUGCGUGUUAGCUGAGUCACAAAAUAAUGGUGACUCUUUGGAUUCACAGGAAGAGGGAAGUAUUUGUGCUUCAGAAACAGAGAAUGUGGAGUUACAGAACUCAGAACCAGCCACACCACAGGAUCAGCUGGACAAGGAGUUGGACAUUAACAUUGACUGUGAUGAGAAACAGGAAACAAUUGAUCAGGGUGAUUAUGUGAUAACAAGGUUGUGAUGCUUACAAGAGGAAGCAUUUACAAAUAUAUAUAUUUUGCAUAGUGCUUUGGCGGGGGGGGGUAUGUUCUAAGAGUUAUAUUAGCAAAUGCAGAAUUACACUUUAUAGUACUCAACUGUGGCACAUGAUCUUGUAACAUAGUAGUCAAAAGAAAGAUAAUAUGGGAACCUUCUGUUUUGU